AUGCUUGUCUUACCAGAUGUGUUUACACAUGACUAUCAUCUCUCGGAUAUGGAGCAAGCUCAGCAAAGUAUCAUGAGCAGAUAUGUAGUACGUUAUGAUGCUAAACCAAGUUCUAAAGGUGUCACUUUUGGAAUGAAAGCAAACGCUUCUCGAAUGGCUCUAAACUUCGCAGGGAGUUGGGCAUUUCGGCCCAUUACUUGUGCGCUGCUUUACACGAACUCAUAG